GGUGUCGACAAUAUUACUCAGAUUUUUUUUGUUCCACAAGUAAUUCUUCCCUUCUCUUAAAAGAACUGACGAAAUCAGAGUUUUAUUUUGGUACGUUCCCUCCAGAAAUCAUCAAAACAUCCUCCAUAUCAUAUCACAAAACAUUUCCUGAAAUCCCUUCAAGUUAAGUCGUUUUCCCGGUUUAUUUUUUGUAAUUGAGUGCUUUUUUAUAGUAAACGGCAUAGAAGAAAAGAGGUACUUGGACGCUAGUAUCGUAAUCACUUAGUAGUAAAACUCACUCAGAAAAAAAGAAUAUGUCGGACAUUGAAAAGUUUGAAAGUAUUUUGAAAGAAAUCCCUACAUUAAAGGCUCCUGGAGUAUCAGGAUCAAGAAUUAAACAGUUGACCGAACUUGCUGUUAAGAAUGUUAAAGAAGAGUCGGUGUUAAUCCCCAUUUUGUACACCGCUUGUAAAUCCGUACCUUCAUCUCAUAAAUUGGGUUCCAUGUAUGUUGUGGACUCGAUUGUGAGAGCGUAUGUUGAUGAAGCCAGAAGAUUUAAUGAAACUUUUGGCCCCGAAGCUCCUCAAGGAAGUUUUGCCGCUGGCGUUUAUAAGAUCAGUGAAUUGAUUGAAUCUUUAAUGGAUGACGCUUUGGAGUUAUCAAUCGUUCAGUCUCAAACCAUUAAAAUUUUGAAAUUGUUGGAUAUUUGGGAAAGAGCUCAAACAUUUGAUGCUUCUAUCAUUGACAGCAUCAAAGACAAGCACGCAAAAUCUUCUACCCCCCCAGGCACUCCACCUCCCGGUAGAGUUAAACCAACCAGUCAUCUCACCGCUUCAGCAAAUGAUACUAAUGAUGGUGGCAGUAAACCCGAAGAUUCAAACAGUAUUUUGCUGGCAUUAGCAUCUUUGGCUCAGAAGUCAAACUCUAACAGUUCUACUCCGAAUAACCAAGGUGUAACCCCUGUUACCGGUGGUGGUAACCAAGCCAAUAAUAUCUUGGCUCAAUUAUCUGCCAUCUCAUCUGCCGGAAACGUUGCCUCUAAUGCUGUACCAGCAUCGACUCAUAAUCAAGCAGCCCCUGCUAGUAAUAAUGUGUUAGAUAUGUUGCAACAGAUGCAAAACUCUCAACUUCAACAGCUGCAACCGCCACAAAGAGAUCCUAGAAAUGAUCGCGGUCCCGAUACCUAUUCAAGAAGAAACAGAUCUCGGUCUCCAGGCUAUGAGAAUACCGGUAGAAGAAGAGACAGGUCACCACCUAGAUAUCAACAACCUGCUAGUUUACCCCAGAUUCCUGGUGGAAAUGGUCAGUUCUCUCAACAAAACCCUAAAAAACGACAAGGACCAUCUGGUCUUAACCAAGAAGGCGAACAAAACGUCCCUGGAAACCCUCAUUUCCGUCCUCGUAACGUAGGAGUCGAUGCUACCUUACCCCAAGGCUCGAUUAAGGUGUUGUCCAGAACGUUGUUUAUUGGAGGUGUCCCUCGUUCUAUGGGAGAGCAUGAACUCGGUGAUGUUCUUAGACCAUUGGCCGAAGUGCAAUCAGUUAUUCUUAACAGCGAAAGAAAGCAUGCAUUCGUCAAGGUCUACUCAAGAAAAGAAGCCGAACAAGUCAUCAUGUCUUUCAACAAGGAUAAUGCGUUGCCCUUGCGUACCCGAUGGGGAGUUGGUUUUGGACCAAGAGACUGUUGCAACUACCAGCAAGGAGUUUCAAUUAUUCCGAUUCAAAGACUUACCGAAGCCGACAAGUCUUGGAUUGUUAGUGCUCAAUGGGGAGGCACUGGUGGUCAACCAUUAGUGAGUGGAGUUGUGGUUGACGAACCAGAUAUCGAAAUUGGAUCUGGUAUUUCAUCCAAGGCUAUGUCCAAGAAAAUGCCAACGAACUCUGCCAGAAAUGGACCCAAGUCCAAUAGACCUGGCGAACCAGAAAUAGAAUACUCGAGAGGAGGGUACAACGGUCAGCAACAAAACUUUGGUGGCAUGAAUCCAGGAGCUGUGAAUCCAUUGCAAGGGUUGUUCAACAAUGGUGCACCACCAAACGGAUUACCACAGAUGCCCAACUACCAACAGAUGAACAUGAACCCUAAUGGUAACCCCAAUGGUAACUCCAACUUGGGGUCCCAGCUCUCCAACUUCUUCAACCAACAACAAUAGUAUUAGUAAUAGAGUAUAUAGCAUUAAAAUAAACUAUACUUGACUGAGAAUUAACCCG